CGAAAUAUGGGACUCACAAGCAUCAGAUAUCAUGGAGCUACUGCCAAAUGAAUUGCUUACCUCUAUCGGCGAAUACAGUCGGGAGGGCAGAUACCGCUCAAGAACCGUGCGGGCGCUGUGUCUAUGCUCCAAGCGGUUCCAUCAUGUCUUUCAACCGCUACUUGACUCCGACAUCCUUCUUACCGCGAAUCCCACAACGGCCCGGGAUAUCGCUCUGAUCAUGCGACUCUGGAAGAAUCCAGCGCUCGCUUGUCGCGUGCGUCGGUUGGAGGUCCUGUGGGAUGGAUCUGCCAGGGCAAGGCGACGCCAUGGGACAUUCAAUGCCCAGCAGCCUGAAGCCGUAGUGUUCAUCGAGCACGCUCUAACCGAGAUCUUCGGCGAUCAGCAACCGAGUCUCAAACGCGGGUGGAGAGUGCAUCUAUACAACCUAAACACAGAGGCCUGGGCGGCGAUCCUCCUCGUCCGCUUGACUCGUUUGCGGACCCUGGUGCUGAACACCAGUGAAGACGAGGGAUUGGUGGCAGAGAUUAUGCGCAGGGCUGCGCAACGACGGCGGCCCUUCCAUCGAGCGCCACCCUUCCCAAUCCUCCACAAAAUCCAGGCUGAGGCCGCGUGGAGCAGGAACUGGAGGUAACCUGAAGCCGGUUGGCUCGAGACGUUUUGCCUUUUCCCUCAGGCCUGGAUUGGCACAUACCACUACCUAUGCCUUGUAAAGUCAGAACCAAACACAUACGACCACAGGGUGUGGAAAACAGGGC